AAGGCUUGAGCGCCUUCACUAUCCAUCACCUCUCCCGCAGCCUCUCAUCCAUCGAACGAGGCCACCGCCAUGGCCGCUCCCGCCGGCGCCUCGCUGCUGAGCACGCCGCUCCAGCUUCCCCUGGCCCCGUUCUCGGGGAGGGGCUCGCCGCCGUCCGUGGUCCACGUGGCCCGGCGCUUGCCGACGGCGGUGGUGGCGGCGAAGGGAUACAACGUGCAGAUCCUCGUGGACGAGAACGAGGGGGAGGAGUCCAUCUUCCGGCGGUUCCGGCGGGAGGUGAUGAGGGCCGGCGUGCUGCAGGAGAUCAAGCGCCGCCGCCGGUACGAGAGCAAGAAGGACGAGCGCCUGCGCAAGGCCCGCGAGGCCGGCCGCCGCAAUCGCCGCAGGCGUAUGAUGGAGGAGCCUAGGUUCCCAGAAGAAGAUGCUGAUUCAGAGGCUGCGAGAAGGGCUCGCGACGAGGACAAAGAUAACUGGGAGAUCGACGGGAUUCUGUGAGUGAAACAAUGGAGUUCAUAGCAAUCCAGAUGCAAAGUUUCAACCGUUUUUGAGUUCUUUUUGGUCUGCAAAGCACAAACUAUAUGAGCUGUCGGCCUUCAUUUCAUCUUCAAUUGUACGGUUUGAAUGUACUAAAUCUUAGCUAAUGCAGCAUCUGUUUCUUUUACCUAUGUGCCUUUUCCAGUUCAUUUGUAAUACAUUUAGCAAAUAUCAGCCUAUAAUCAUAACAGAAUAAAUUUUAUA